CUUUCAGUCAGAAUGGCUCCCCCGACGCACUUCAAGCUGAAUACCGGCGCCCAGAUUCCCGCGGUGGGACUUGGAACGUGGAGAUCUGAGCCAGGUCAGGUACGCCAGGCUGUGGCAUUCGCCCUCAAGAAUGGAUACAGGCACAUUGACGCAGCAUUGAUCUACGGAAACGAGCACGAAGUUGGUCAGGGGAUCAAGGAUAGCAGUGUCCCUCGCGAAGACAUCUUCAUCACCAGCAAAUUGUGGAACACCCACCAGCCUAAUGUUGCAGAGGGUCUGCAAAAGACGCUUGAUGCUUUGGGCACGGAUUACCUUGAUCUCUACCUCAUCCACUGGCCUGUCCGACUAGUUCCUAACGAAUCGAGCGCCCUUCUCCCAGUCAACCCCGACGGAAGCCGGUCCGUCGACCGAUCCUGGGACCAGAGCGAGACCUGGCGCCAGAUGGAGGAGGUAUACAAGGUGGGCAAAGUAAAGGCGAUUGGGGUGGCCAACUGGUCAAUCCCCUAUCUCGAGGAGCUGAAGAAGAAGUGGACUAUCGUGCCAGCUGUUAACCAGGUCGAGCUACACCCUUUCCUUCCUCAGCAUGCGCUGAAGGAGUGGUGCGACAAGCAUGGCAUUCUUCUUGAGGCUUAUUCGCCGCUUGGUUCUGAAGGCGCUCCACUCAUGACAGACCCUGCGAUUCGAGAUAUCGCAAAGAAGAACGGCGUCUCGCCGGCGACGAUACUCAUCAGCUACCACGUCAACAGGGGUGCCGUUGUACUGCCCAAGUCGGUUACAGAGAACCGCAUUAUAAGCAACAGCCAGGUUAUCCCUCUCUCUGGCGAGGAUAUGGAUGUCCUGAACGGCCUUGCUGCACAAGGGAAGGCGAAGCGUAUCAAUACUCCUCUGUUUGGAUGGGAUCUUGGGUUUGAUGACUGGUACAAGCAGUGA